CAGUGUGUUAGAGUCUUGCGUGUUUCACUAGCGUUAGCUUGUGGUUUUGUAAAGGAGAACUCUUUUAUUCAUGUAUUGUUAUAAAAACGACUUGAAUGCAGAUAUGUGGUGUAAAUGUUAAGUAGAAACUUUCAUAAUAAUAAUAUGUUUUAUAUAUAGAGCGCCUUUCUGAGGACCCAAGGUUGCUUUACAGUAAUUACAAAUACACAUAACGUAGACACAUAACUGUAUACAUAUAAACUUUACGUUACCUCUGCUAAUGUUUAGUGCUUGUUACUUUCGGUAAACACCCUCGUGUCUUUUAUAUUAGUGAUUGACAGCUGUCAAACUGCACUUCGGACAGUGUGAUGAGGGUUACAGUCAGUCUCCAAAUAGAUACAAACAGGAAAAUCUGAUAACGUAGGUAACGUUAAGCACUUGCGUUAAAAGAGAUGUUAUCAAGUUCAGGCAUGUCACUAGAGUACAAAAAUCAUAUUCUUGAUUCAGACAGUGAUUAUGGAACAUAUUAAACACCAAAAGUUUUGUUAUGUAGAUAAAAAGUUCAUGCACUUAGUCAAAAAGACAAAACAACAUGAGACAGAAUAAUACAGGAACAGUAUUACAUCCCAGUAAGUUACCUAUUAGUUGUUUGAGUAUUCAGGGAGCUUGUUGGAUGGCUUUUUAUAAAUAUGUACGUUUAUGCAGAUGCUUUCACCCAAAGUGAGGUUUGCUUUAAUAUUAUUAGAUGUGCAUUGCAAUAAAAUAACAGUUAAGAACACUUACACAUGAACUGUUUUGCAACACACCUAUUAUUUUAUUAAAGUCACAUUUCUAUUAUCUAAAUCAACUAACUUUUAAUCCAGAAAGUUUUCCCUGCAUUUUCUCAUGCUUUUCGCACAAAGCCAGUACGUUAUGGCAGAUUUGUCACUGUGUGUUUUUAUAACCAGUUUGAUCUGUGCAAGAGAUGGAGGUCAUUUAGAUUUGCAAUCAGCAGUUCACCAGCAUUGUUUUACACUCGGUCAUAACGGCGCCUCUUUCAUUUGGUUUUCUCUGGAUUUAUGUGAGCUCUACUGUCGUGUGCGGUGAGGCUCCGGAUUCGAUGAAGAAAAACACUGUCUGGGUUGUAAAGAACUCAGCGUGACCUUGGGGUUUGGCAGUAGAUCUAAGUGAAGGGUUGCAGGGUUUUAGACUUCAUGUUGUGUCAAACAGACCAUAUUACUGCCUUUGUGCCUUGUACUGUUGCCUUUGGAGCUGGACAUUACCAUGUUUAGUGGAAGUCACAAGUCAGAUCACUUGGUCGCCGUCUUGGUAGCUCUCAAGGUCUGAUAUUUUUUGUAGAUCUACUGUGCUACUCUUGGCCCCUCUCCUGGCAGAGACUGACCCGUCCCCCCUGGCCUCCUCCAGACCGCCGGGCUUCACCGGGGUCGAUGGGCUCCACACUCGCUUCCACUGGAUGGCAGAUCAUGUACCUGCUUUUAAGGUCCCUGGGGGACACAUUCGUGUUCUCCAUUCACCUGAUGAGUUCUAUCAGGCUAUGAAGGCUCGAAUCAAAACAGCCAAGAGUCGUGUGGUCAUGGCCUCCCUCUACCUUGGCACAGGACCUCUAGAGCAAGAUCUUGUUGACUGCAUGGAAGAGGCAUUAGAGCGAUCGCAAGCAAAAGAUGCACCUGAACUCAAAGUGGAUUUUCUGCUAGAUUAUACUAGAGGCUCAAGAGGUAAACACAAUUCCCGCACAAUGUUGUUGCCGCUUCUCCAGCGGUUCCCUGAACAGAUGAGAGUGUCCCUCUAUCACACACCCGACCUGCGGGGUCUGCUGCGACUUAUGGUGCCCGAGCGUUUCAACGAGACCAUCGGGGUGCAGCACAUCAAAGCUUACCUUUUCGACAAUAGUCUCAUCAUUAGUGGGGCCAAUCUGAGCGAUUCCUACUUUACAAACCGCCAGGAUCGGUAUGUGCUUCUGGAGGAUUGUGAAGAGGUGGCUGAUUUCUUUGCUGAUCUUGUGGGAGCUGUUGGUGAUGUAUCUCUGCAGCUUCGACCAGACGACAGUGUGGACAUGAUGGAGGGGAUGGUGCAUCCCUACAAAGGUAAUCGAGCAGAUUUCUCCACAUCAGCACAGAGACAGAUCAUGGAGGUGGUCAGCUCUGCCCGUGUCCGGCAGAACAUGCUAGAGUGCACGGAUGCUCCGGACUCUGAUGCCACCGUGCCAAACGACACCUGGAUCUUUCCUCUCGUGCAAAUGAAGCCUCUGGGGAUUCACCUGGAUGAGCAAGUAACAAAACGCCUACUCACAGAGGCAGGUGAUGACUCUGUGGUCUACCUGACGUCGGGUUACUUUAACCUAACAAAGACAUACAUGCAGCUGGUGCUGGGUGCUGAUGCAGACUACCGCAUCCUUAUGGCCUCACCGGAGGUUAAUGGGUUUUUCGGGGCCAAAGGAGUGGCAGGUGCAAUUCCUGAGGCCUAUGUUUACAUUGCACGACAGUUCUACAACAAGGUGUGUCAACUUGGUCAGGAGAGCCGCAUCCACUUACAUGAAUACUAUCGUGAUGAUUGGACCUUUCAUGCUAAAGGACUGUGGUACUGUGUCAGAGGAAUAGACCGACCGUGCCUCACUCUUAUUGGCUCUCCAAAUUUCGGAUAUCGCUCUGUGCACAGAGAUCUGGAGGCUCAGAUUGCCAUAGUAACAGAAAAUGAGGAACUUCAGGUCCAACUGCAACAGGAACAGGAGAUGUUAUAUAAAAGCUCGACUGAAGUUUCAAGCUCAACUUUUAAUCAGCCUGAUCGAUAUGUGAAGUUAUGGGUUAAACUGGUUACUCCAUUUAUCAAGAACUUCUUCUGAGAAACAGCAGGCCUGUGACGACACAUCUCAUCUCACAAAAAAGGUCGAAGGUCCAGAUGAAGGUGGGCUUGCACAUGUGUGCUUUUUACACAAGCAUUUGUGAAUAUUUGUGGUCUAUGAAGAUGGCUUUUGAAAGAUGUCUGGCCUUGCAGCUCAUUGAGUCAUUGCGACCGCUCAACAUUUCUGCUGUAUGGUGUUAUUUAAAAUAACAACAUUUAUCUUUUAUAACCUCUGUUCACUGUUACAAGGAAAAAUGCAUGUGAAACCACCAGUAUCAUACAUGAUGAGCCACAACGUGAAAGAUUUGAUGCGUUUACAAACAGUAUGGCACAUAUGAACUUCGCCGUUGGUUUGAUGUGCAGUGCAUUCACUGUGGAAGUGAUCAUAACAUUUCCUAAACUUAUUUUUAGUUCAUUUAAAUGUUGUUUUGUCUUGUCAUUGUUAUAAUUCCAAAUCUGUUCUACCAAAACACAAACCAUUGUAAUCGUACCUUGCUUUAUCUUUUGUAGGAAAUAUAGCAGAAGUUGCUUAAGGUACAGAAAGAAUAAAGUUCAUCUCAGGGGUCUUUGAAAUGCAGUCACACACAUUUCAGUAGCUUAGUUACUUUAUCUUUAUUUAAAAUGACAUAUUUACAGAUUGUUGUUUUUUACAUACAGUAUAAUGUUUAGUUAGGGUUAUGCCAUCGCGUGGAUUGCCGUAACUUUCCGUUACUUACAGUGUGAAGCUUGCCUAGUACUGCAAGAGAGAUUUUAAAAGAAAGCUUCAGAUCCUGACCAGGCUUCAAUAUUUAUUGAUACUGCACUGCUUGAGAAAAACGUUAAACAAAAUACAUGCAAUGUAUUUGAGAUCUUCAUGACUGUGUACUUACCAGAAAUUGUUGCCAUUACCAGGAGUAUGGCAGUAUUAUCAUUUUAACAUCAGUUAUAGAGCUGGUUUGCAAAAGUUGAAAAUCUGUGGUUGGUUUUGUAAUAAAAACUAAAAGUCUUUUAAAAAUUGACAAAAUUUUGUUCUUGUAGUUUAUUUUGUCAAUGUAAAGAUUGUUUUUAAGAAUAUAAAGGAUAACA